AUGACUGAGAACAUUCUACUGAUUCCAGGGCCAGUGGUCAUCAGCAACAAAGUCCAGCAGGCCUUGGGCACCGGUUCGGUGUCGCACACAAGUGAUGAAUUCGUGGCCGUGUUUUCCAGCGUUUUGAAGAAAACUCGCCAGGUGUUCAAGGCGGGCGAAAGUUCGCAACCAUUGGUUCUAGCCGGCAGUGGGACCCUGGGAUGGGAUAUAGCAGCAUCCAACUUGAUCGAAACAGGCGACAAAGUGCUUGUUUUGUCGACAGGCUUUUUCUCUGAUUCGUUUGCAGAGUGCUUGCAAGUCCAUGGCGCACACGUCGACAAAAUGACGGCACCCCUGGGCGGCGUUGUACCUGUGAGCGAUUUACGGGCAGCCUUGACGCCCGGGGGGUACAAGGUGAUCACCAUCACUCACGUCGAUACGUCGACUGGUGUGAUGAACGACGUUAAGGAGAUUUGCAAGGCAGUGAAACAUGUUUCGCCGGAAACACUCAUUGUAGUUGAUGGUGUGUGCUCUGUAGGGUGCGAAAAGCUGGAAUUCGAAGCCUGGGGGAUCGACUAUGCGUUGAGUGCAUCGCAAAAGGCGCUAGGGGCACCUCCCGGGCUCAGUAUCUCGAUGCUCAGUGAAAGAGCUGUAAGCGUGGCCUUUAGCCAAAAGUCGCAGUCGUGUUUCUACACAAGCUUGAAAAGAUGGAUCCCCAUCAUGCAAAACUACGAGAGUCGAAAGGCCUCCUAUUUUGCGACUCCUGCGGUCCAGCUAAUCAACGCUUUGAAUGUGGCCUUGGACGAGAUUUUGGAACACGGGUUGGAGGAACGUAUAGCCAAGCAUUGGACCACGAGCGACUGGUUCAAAAACAAAGUCACGGAAGAGCUUGGUCUUGAGCUGGUUAGCGCGAACGCAAGAGUCUCUGCUCACGGUUUAACUGCCAUUUACGUCAAGAACCCGCCAGAAGUGAUUAGUGCGCUGAAAAACAUGGGCAUUGUGAUAUCUGGCGGCCUUCACAAGGAUAUCCAGGGCGAAUACAUCCGAGUGGGCCAUAUGGGUGAGUCUGCGUGCAACGAUUCCUUACAACACAUACAAUCUUGUUUCGAUGCGUUAAAAGCAUUGGAACUAUGA